UUUAUAUAUUCAUUCUGUGUUACGUUAUGGAAUCGCUUUACUAGUUUUCGACAUACCAAAUGUAGUGAAUUAUAUUGCUCAUGUUUGCUGGCAGGUUACCAUAAGUUGCUACUUGCUAGCUUCCAACGUUGUUACAAUAGUUUAGAACCAACGUCAUACUAGUUAGAUGUAGGCUAGAUGUAUAGCUUCGCUACCAAAUUAUAAGUUACUGUCUGAACCCUAUCGUGAGAUUCAGGACAGCUUGGUUUUUUCUUUAAGACUAUUGAUUGAUGGACAGUGUAAGUUAUGUCUAUGGUUUAUAGCAAGAAGACGUGCCUUUAAGAUGAGUGUGCCUAGUUUAUCAGGAGAUAAGCUUUCUACGCGCGAGGAAAUGUAUCCGGACCUUCCAGAUCUUCCCAGCGGACCUCUAGAUGUAUAUAGAAGAAGAGCUUCCUUCAACUGGAAGGAAAUGGCCACGUUUCUAUUGGGCGAAGACGUAAUAGCGUUCAAGAAACGAGUGUUUGAGGCCCUGGAGAAUGACCCGUUCUUCGCACAGCAGCCCGGGGAGGACAUCUCCGUCGAGCGCGCCCGUGAAGCGGCCUUCCUCCGCUAUCGGCAGCUCCUGAAGCACGACUUCGAUGGGACGGUGCAGAACCCAUACAUGGCCAAUGUGCUAGCCGACUGCCUGACCAUGUAUGACUCAUCGACUGCCGCAAAGUUCUUCCUCAGUCAGCGGAUGUUUGCCGGGACAGUCAUCAGCAGCGGAUCCGACAGACACAGGAAGUUUGCUGAGGAUGUGAAAAACAUGACUGCCUUUGGAAGCUUCGCUCUGACUGAGCUGAGUCAUGGCACUAACACACGAGCAAUGAGGACAACGGCUGUCUAUGACCCCAGUGCUCAGGAGUUUGUGAUAAACUCCCCGGACUUUGAGGCUGCUAAGUUCUGGGUGGGGAACCUGGGCAAAACUGCGACCCACGCGGUGGUAUAUGCCCAGCUUUACACCCCUGACGGCCGUUGCCAUGGGCUACACUCCUUCGUGGUGCAGGUCCGGGAUCCAAAUACUCUUCUUGCUAUGCCAGGAGUGAUGGUUGGCGAUAUUGGCAAGAAGAUCGGUUUAAACGGCAUAGACAACGGGUUCGCUCUGUUCCACAACGUGCGCAUCCCGCGGGAGAACCUGCUGAACAGGACCGGGGACGUCACACCUGAGGGGCAGUAUGUCACCCCCUAUAAGGACCCGAAUAAGCGUUUUGGGGCCUCCCUGGGGGCCCUGUCGGGGGGCCGCGUGGGCAUCUUGGCAAUGUCCGUCAGCAACCUGAUGAUGGCGCUGACGGUGGCCAUCCGCUUCUCUGCCACCCGCCGCCAGUUCGGCCCCACCGAGGCCGAGGAGGUGCCCGUCCUGGAGUACCAGCUGCAGCAAUGGCGCUUGAUCCCGUACCUGGCUGCUCUGUAUGCCAUGUCCACCUUCCAACGGUCUUUCUUCAUGAACUUUGUGGAGUUCCAGCUGGGACUUCUGAUGCGGGACAGCAGUGACAGACAGGCAGAUCUGGGGCGGGAGAUCCACGCCGUCUCCUGCUCCAUCAAGGCCCAGUCCUCGUGGACGGCCCAGCGGGCGAUCCAGGAGUGCAGGGAGGCCUGCGGAGGGCACGGGUACCUGGCCAUGAGUCGACUUGGGGACCUGAGGAACGACAACGAUCCCAACUGCACCUACGAAGGGGACAACAACGUGAUCCUGCAGCAGACCAGCAACUACCUGCUCGGCCUCCUCAAAGCCAAGCAGCAGGAUGGAGGUAGAUUUGAGUCUCCUCUGGGCUCGGUGAACUUCCUGGAGGACAUGAGCAGCAUCCUGGAGGACAGGUUCACAGCGGGUUCAGUGGAGGACUGCCUGGACUCUGCAGUCCCGCUGGAGGCCUACAGGUGGUUGGUGUGCUUCCUGCUGUGUGAGAGCUCUGAGAAGGUGGCCCAGGAGAAGCGGUGUGGAAAAGGGGACUUUGAGGCGCGGAGCGACAGCCAGGUGUACUACUGUCGCUCUCUGGCCAUCGUGUUCGUGGAGCACAUGGUCCUGCAGCGCUUCCACGACCUCGUCCACGCUGAAGACACGCCCGCCCCCCUCAGACCGGUCCUACAGCGCCUCUGCUCCCUCUACGGGCUGUGGGCCCUCAGCCACCACGUGGGCGUGCUGUACCAAGGUGGAUACUUCUGUGGGAAAGAGCCAGUUGAUUUCGUCCAGAAGGCUAUCAUCGCACUCUGCUCUCAGCUGAAAGACGACGCGGUCUCCCUGGUCGAUGUGCUUGCUCCUCCGGACUUCAUUCUCAACUCGGCCCUCGGCAAAGCGGAUGGUCAGCUCUAUCAGAACGUGUGGUCGGCCAUGCUGCAGCAGAAAGGAGUGCUGGAGAGACCCUCCUGGUGGGCCCGGUUCUGCUUCGACAAACCCGAAGUGGGCUCCCUCCAGUCCAAACUAUAACCCCCCCCCCCACCCUGCAGACCCACCGGGCCCAGCUGCGGAACUGCCAUGUCCGGGGAGGUUAACGCACCCUAACCGUUGCUAACUUUAAUUCACUGACAUGUCCAUCUGUCCGAAAACCAUCACCAGCCCAGGAACUGCGCUUCUGGGGAGCUGCGCUUCAGUGUGUCCAUGCCACACUGAUCACUAUGAAUUUCUGCGCUGGGGAAAUCGUGAACACUAAAGGAGGUAAUCGUGUUGUGAGCAUACGUGUGUUUCCAAGGCAGCAGUAUGGUUGCUAUUGGUAUCAAACGUGGCCCAUCUGCUCUUCAUUGGUGUGCACCCAGUGGAGUGGAGGAGGACAACACGUGUGCUUAAUUUCAGCGUUCUUGGCUGUCACUUCUGUUGUGCUGAAAUUCAGCGUGCUGGACUGAAAUGCAAGCCUAAUCAUAGAUAAUUACAAUUUUAAAUUAGCAUUAAAUUAAUGUGGUUUGUUGAUUAAUGUCAAUUUGCCUUUUCAUAAAAGUGUGCAAUAUUCCAUGGUUUUUUUCUGCCGACAGGCUGGAAUGUGUAUCUAAUGAUGAAUCACUGGAAAGGUCCCUCUGUGUUUUUCACCGUGCUUUUCAGAGCCAAAAGCUCUGCGAUUCAUUACGGUGACAGUGACGUCUCUCUCUUGGACACUCUGGUUUAAUGAAAGCCAAACAUGACAUUCCAGCGGGCUUAAGCAGUUCUCACUGGGGAAUAACACCACCAGUGGCCAUCUUAGGACCUGAGACCUAAAGCCACAGUUUACGCCAAACUGUACAGUGCCUACGGAAAGUACUCGCUCCACUUCUCUUUUUCCACAUUUUAUGUUAGCCUUAUUCCAAAAUUGAUGAAAUCUUUUACAUCUCAAGGAUGUAAUCACUGCC